AUGAUCUUCGCGUCUGGAUUGUCCCUAACGUUCUGGGGUGAUGCCGCUGAAUACUCCACGUAUACUCUGAACAGGAGCCCCACGAAUUCGAAUCCUAAGAGAGCGUCGCCGCUUGAAGUUCUCACGAACAAAUCGCCGGAUUUGCGCAACAUCGUCGUGUUUGGCUCCCACUGUACCGUCUACCGUGAUCCAAGCAAGAACGCGUUCGCGCGCCGCGCUCAAGUGGGCACGAUCGUUGGAUGCAGUGACGAAACCAAGGGUUUCAGAGUAUUCAUCAGGAAGGAAAACAAGGUCAUCACGACGCAGCAUGUCAAGAAUAUCGAAACGUUGUCUGAAGCCCAGAACAGGCAGCUGCAACUAGCCCUUGAUGACGAUGACCGGGCCGAUUCAGACGAAGGCACUGAAACACCUGUGAGACAGAGCAGUAAUGUUACUGCGACUAAAAAGCCCAAGAAAAAGAAACAGUGGAAUCGCCAGCCACACGUGACAAGAGGUGCGGCAAAGAAAGCAGCUGCAAGCCAACGAGAAGUAGCUGUCAGCGCAGAUGUCGUCAAUCACGUGUUCGACAGAGAUCCUCGCAACUAUGGCGAAGCAAUGAAGAGCAAGAAGAGAAACGAGUGGCAAAAAGCAAUGCGUGAGGAAUUGGACGCGCUAAAAAGGAACGAAGUGUGGCGUCUGGCGCUCCGAUCAAGCAAAAGCAACGUUCUCCACAGUAAAUGGGUCUUCAAGACUAAGACGACUGCCGAUGGAGGUCUGGAAAGGCACAAAGCGCGCCUCGUUGCCUGCGGUAAUGAACAAGUUUUUGGCGUGGACUACGCGCUAACUUUCGCUGCCGUCAUGGACAUGACGACAGUGAAAGUAAUCUUGGCGUUAGCUGCUACAUGGGGCGUCCCAGCUAAGCACGGAGACGUCCCCAAUGCUUACGUAAAAGCAGAGAAGGAACAGCAUCUCGAGAUUCUAAUGCAUGUCCCCAAGGGCAUGACGAUUGAUACAAGAGAGUUAAAAGAACUGGGUGCAACGAAGAUUGAAGAUGUCGUGCUUGAACUGAAGAAAAGUCGUUAUGGCUUAAAGCAGGCAGGGCGAUUGUGGAGCCAAUUGCUUAACAAUCGGCUAUUGGAAGCCGGAUUUACUCGCUGCAUCAGCGACCUCUGCUUGUAUUACAAGCGCGACAUCGAUGGAGUCGUCAUCGUCGGAGUCUACGUGGACGAUUUGCUAGUGACUGGAACAUCCGCUGUUGCAGUUGACGGUUUUUUCGCAAGCCUCGAAAGUCUUUCGAUUAAAGAUCUUGGACCAGUGUCGAAGUUUUUGGGGAUGCGCGUGACGCGCAGCGAAGAUCGUGGAUAUUUUCUUGACCAGGAGGAGGCGAUUGUCGACUUGCUGCGUGACCACGGCAUGACCGAUGCCAACUCAAGUCGUGCGCCUAUCGGGACAGAUGUUUAUGAGGUUCAAUGUGCAGACAGCGGACGACUUGCAGACACAGGUGCUCCAGGUCAACCUAGCGUUCGUGCAUUUCAGUCUAUUGUCGGAUCGUUGCUCUGGGUAGCGAGGUGCACCAGACCCGACAUCGCAUUUGCGGUGCACAAGGCAACCAGACAAACACACGAGCCACGGAUUCAUGACUGGAAAUUGGCUAAGCGCAUCGUGCGCUAUCUGAGUGGCACGCGUGGAUUAAAGAUCAGCAUGAAGCCAGCAGUCGAAGAAACUGCACAACCUGUUUUAAUGAGCUACAGUGACGCAGACUACGAAGCCGACAAGGCAGACAGAAAGUCUUUGACCGGUAGCGUUAUCAUGCUGAAUGGAAUGAUAAUCAGCUGGUGCUCGAAAAAGCAAGGAGGUGUGGCGCUCUCGACAAUGGAGUCGGAUUUUGUGGCAGCGUCUGAAGCUGGACGAGAGCUACUUGGAGUGAGAGAGACGCUAAGUGAAAUUGGUGAGUCGCCUGCACUACCGAUGAAAAUGCUCAUUGACAACCAGGCAGCGAUACGGCAGAUUGAAGGAGAAGCGUCGUCUACUAAAGCCAAGCACAUUGAUGUGAGAGUCAAGUACUUGUGCGACUACGCUCGUCGAGGCAUUGUGGUGCCACAAUAUGUGCCGAGCGACCUGAUGCUUGCGGACGUACUCACCAAAGCACUCGAUACAGUCAAGACGGUCAAGUUGCGUUCACUGCUACACAUCGUGUAA